CUAAGAAAAUGUGUGUGUGUGUAUGAGUGGAGGGGGGCGUGGGGAAGGGGAGACAGUUUGCUUACUCGGGAUCUGUUUGUUGCAAGGGGAAUCGAUGGUGCAGAUUGAAGUUUGGAUGCAGACAUUCGCUCCAGGCAGUGGGACUCCCAUCCAUCGUCAUGAAUGUGAAGAGGUGUUUAUCGUCACGAAGGGAUCAGGAACCCUGCGGCUGGCGCAGUCCCCCAGUGAUGGAGAGACACCUGGCGAUGUCCAGGCAUACGCGUUUCACAAAAAUGACACAUUUGUCGUGCCUGUGGAUGCUGUCCAUCAGAUAACAAACACUGACAACGAGGAAGAUUUACAAUUGCUGGUCAUCAUUUCCCGUCCGCCAAUCAAAAUUUUCGUAUACCCCUCAUGGGACUCUCCUCAUGCCGAGAGUCAGAUGAUAUACCCGUACACUUGGGACCGGUACUGCCCCCCUGUGCAAGGAAGGAAAGGUGAUGAGAAGCUGGUGCGAAGCCGGGACCAUGGUUUAGAUGAAGAUGAUCGAGAUGAGGUCGCUGUCAAGAGCUCAUCAUUGACAAGUCAAGACAUAGGAGCUAAUAAACACACUGUUUCUGAAAAAAUGGGAAUGACAAGGGGGAAGAGCAGCAAUGUCUACCACACUGAGCUUUGAAAUUUUGUUUGUUUAUAUUUUGCGAGGUUGGAGAGAAAGACAAACACACAAACAAGCAAACAAUUGAGAUAAAAUGAGAGAGAGUUUCCUGCAAGGACUAGUUUUACUUGCUUUACUACUAUAGUGAAUUACGUUGCAAUCGAGGUCUGCUACAGGAGGCUGCUCAUAUCACCCCCACUAGUAGGCUGAAACUGGUUAUGUUUAUCAAGGAGAGGGGGGGGGGGGGGGGGGGGGGGGGGGGGGGGGGGGGGGGUUGUAAUCGAGGUCAACUUUGUAGCUGUUAUUACAAGU